CACCAGUAGAUGAGUAUCUGUUUACAUUACUGCUAUACCUUUUAGAUUAGUCAGUAUUUACAGGAAAAAUAGCUUCAGUUUUUGGAUUAUGGUAUAGACAGGAUUACUUAAUCCGUGACGCAGCACAAUAACAAGACAGUGCGCAAUCUACGUAGCAGGCAGUCUCAUGAGGACAAACACUGCCAAGCAUGUUGCGUUUGCCCGCUGUGAGCCGGAGUCUCUUCCCAACAGCUCUUACCAAAGGAGGUGCGGCUGCAGCAGCAAACAAUGUGCUCGAAGGCCGCACAGCGGCGACGGCAGCUGCCAGUAACCUCGUUGAGGUGUUCGUGGAUGGGACGCCUGUGAUGGUGGAACCUGGGACCACUGUGUUGCAGGCAUGUGAGAAGGUAGGAAUGCAGAUUCCUCGCUUCUGCUACCACGAGCGGCUGUCAGUUGCUGGAAACUGUCGCAUGUGUCUUGUGGAGAUAGAGAAAGUUCCUAAGCCAGUGGCAGCUUGUGCUAUGCCGGUGAUGAAGGGCUGGAACAUUUUGACCAACUCUGACAAAACAAGAAAGGCCAGAGAGGGUGUGAUGGAGUUCCUGCUGGCUAACCACCCACUGGAUUGUCCAAUUUGUGAUCAGGGGGGAGAAUGUGAUCUACAGGACCAGUCCAUGCAGUUUGGCAGUGACAGGAGCCGCUUCACCGAGGGCAAAAGAGCUGUGGAGGACAAGAACAUCGGCCCUCUCAUCAAAACCAUUAUGACUCGCUGCAUCCAGUGCACUCGCUGUGUGCGUUUUGCUAGUGAGAUCGCAGGUGUGGAGGACUUGGGUACUACUGGCAGAGGCAAUGACCUGCAGAUCGGGACCUAUGUGGAGAAGAUGUUCAUGUCGGAGCUAUCUGGGAAUGUUAUUGAUAUAUGUCCAGUGGGAGCCCUGACUUCCAAACCAUAUGCAUUCACUGCUCGCCCAUGGGAGACCAGGAAGACUGAAUCCAUUGAUGUUCUGGAUGCUCUGGGUUCUAACAUUGUGGUAACCACUCGUGGGGGUGAGGUGAUGAGAAUCCUGCCUCGAAUUAAUGAGGAUAUUAACGAGGAGUGGAUUUCAGACAAAACCAGGUUUGCUUACGAUGGACUCAAGAGGCAGAGGCUUACUCAGCCAAUGGUGAAAAAUGAGUCCGGGCAAUUGGUUCCCACAACCUGGGAAGAUGCGCUGACUCGAGCUGCUGGAGCAUUGCAAGGAGUUGAAGGAAAUGAUGUGGCUGCUGUUGUCGGAGGCCUGGUGGAUGCAGAGGCUCUCGUUUCCCUGAAAGAUUUGCUGAAUCGUUUAAAUAGUGACAACUUGUGCACUGAAGAGGCAUUCCCAAUGGAUGGAGCUGGAUCUGACCUGCGUUCAAACUACCUUCUGAACACUGGGAUUGCCGGCAUUGAAGAAGCCGACCUGCUGCUUUUGGUCGGCACGAACCCGCGCUAUGAAGCUCCUCUCUUCAAUGCACGAAUCAGAAAAGGCUGGCUUCACAAUGAGCUUCAAGUGGCUCUUGUGGGAAAGAAAGUGGACCUGAGUUACACCUAUGAGCAUCUGGGCGAGUCUGCCAAGGUUCUUCAAGAAAUUGUGUCAGGCACUCACCCCUUUUCUCAGGUUUUGGCUAAAGCGGCGCAUCCUGUUGUUGUGGUCGGAAGCAGUUGUCUGCAAAAAGAGGAUGGGGCUGCGAUAAUGGCCGCCGCGUCGACCAUCGCUCAAAAUGCUCGCAUCAGCAGUGGCGUGGAGGAAACCUGGAAGGUUCUCAACGUGCUUCACAGGGUUGCCAGUCAAGUAGCUGCACUUGAUCUUGGUUACAAGCCAGGAGUGGAGGCUAUCAGAAAGAACCCACCCAAACUUCUGUUCCUACUCGGAGCUGAUGCCGGCUGCAUUAGUCGCCAAGACCUCCCGAAGGAUAGCUUCAUAAUUUAUCAAGGUCACCAUGGUGAUGUCGGUGCGCCAAUGGCUGAUAUCAUACUUCCUGGAGCUGCAUAUACUGAGAAAUGUAGCACCUAUGUGAACACUGAAGGCCGUGCCCAGCAGACCAAAGUGGCUGUGACUGCUCCAGGGAUGGCUAGGGAGGACUGGAGGAUCAUCAGAGCCAUAUCAGAGCUUGCUGGAGUGGCUCUGCCAUACGACACCCUCGAUGAAGUGCGUGACAGGCUGGCAGAGGUUUCACCAAACCUGGUGCGGUAUGACGACGUCGAGGAGGCGAACUACUUCAAGCAGGCUAAUGAACUGUCUAAGGCAGUGAAUCAGGAUGUCCUCACUGGAUCUCUAGUCCCUCCACAGCUUACUGUGAAGGACUUUUAUAUGACAGAUCCAAUAAGCAGAGCCUCGCAGACGAUGGCCAAGUGUGUGAAAGCUGUCACGGAGGGAGCACAAGCUGUGGAUGAACCGGCCAUAUGCUAAAGCACAAAUGGAUAGAAAAUCCAAGUCUAUACGCACAAGUCCGCUAUUUGCACAUUCCUAGAAAACCUAUUUAUUUGCACUUCUUUUAUUAUAGUAGAUGCCUUAUUGUCUGUGCACAUUAUGUAACUAACCUAUUUUAUUAAUCUGCAGAAACGUGUGUGUGCUACUUGCAGGGUGGAAGUGUAAGUUUACCAAAGCUCCAGAUUUCCUCCUGUUAGGACAUUCACAUUUUAGUAGGCGUGACCAAAGAUUUAAAAAUCACUCCAAAUCAUUCAAAAGUAAAUCUAGUUACUUGAUGACCAGUAUUUAAAAAGUGUUUAUAUUUUUUCCUAAAGGGUAUUUGAAGUAUUACAAGUGUAGUCAUUUGUGUGAUAUUUAAUAAAACAGUUUUCUGUA